AUGAACCAGCUCCUCAUCAACGUGAGGAAGACCAAGGAGAUGAACCACCUCCUCAUCAACGCGAGGAAGACCAAGGAGAUGAACCACCUCCUCAUCAACGUGAGGAAGACCAAGGAGAUGAACCACCUCCUCAUCAACGUGAGGAAGACCAAGGAGAUGAACCACCUCCUCAUCAACGUGGGGAAGACCAAGGAGAUAAACCACCUCCUCAUCAACGUGAGGAAGACCAAGGAGAUAAACCACCUCCUCAUCAACGUGAGGAAGACCAAGGAGAUGAACCACCUCCUCAUCAACGUGGGGAAGACCAAGGAGAUAAACCACCUCCUCAUCAACGCGAGGAAGACCAAGGAGAUGAACCACCUCCUCAUCAACGUGGGGAAGACCAAGGAGAUGAACCACCUCAUCAUCAACAGGAGACCAAGGAGAUGA